AUGUCACUUCCUUCGAGCUGCAUCCUGUGCAGAGGAUCACGUUCAGAUCUGGAGGAGAGGCGGAGUUUAGGGUCAAAGUUUUCACAGAAUUCGGAUAGCUGCUCCCAAAAGCCGAGACCGCUUGCCUCCAGAGACACGGCUUCCUCCACAGAACAGCGCUCGGCUCAUGUGACCCCGGGGAAAAAUGUCCCGUUUUCUGAGGCAUUUCACGGCGGUGGGUGAUCAGCAGAACAGCGCGUCUCCGUGGCACGACGAGGAGCCGCACGACGCCAGUGAAGACCUGGAGCUGGCCACCGGACCACACCUGGGGCAGGUCAGCUUCAGGGACUCGCUCCGCCGCCUCUACAGCACUGAGAGGUUCCAGAUCGUCGUUGUUUGCUUGGUCGUCUUGGAUGCCAUUUUCGUUCUGUGCGAGCUGCUGAUCGACUUGUCUAUCAUUCAAGCAGAUCAUCACAGAAUCGCUCCGCAGGUAUUCCACUAUCUCAGCCUCGCCCUUCUCACCUUCUUCAUGGUGGAGCUGUCUGGAAAGAUUUACGCCUAUGGAUUAGAAUUCCUCCACCAUAAGUUUGAGGUGUUUGACGGCAUCGUGGUGGUGGUGUCUUUCAUCCUGGACAUUGUGUAUAUCUCGAAGGAAGAUGCAUUUGAUGCCAUGGGGCUUCUGAUCUUGCUCCGGUUGUGGAGAGUGGCCAGGAUCAUAAAUGGGAUCAUAGUGUCUGUGAAAAAUCGUGCCCAUCACAAGGUUCAGAAAGUGAAGGAGAUUAAUGAAAAACUUGUUCAUCAAGUCAACGAACUUCAAGAGCGGAACACAAAAAUGGAUCAAGAAAUCGCGAGGCUUUGUGCAAUCCUGAAACAGAACGGCGUUGAAUUCUGACGCUCGGCGCUACUCGUUAAACACAUCACAACAUGAGGCUGAGUUUAAGAUCGAUCUCGUCUGUUCAUUGCCUAUGAAAUGUGAAGAAGGUCAUGUUACGUUGUGAUGUGUUUAUUCCCCGGCAGAUAUAUAACAGAACACAUAAAGGAGAGGCUUUUUAAAGCCAGUGACUCAUGUAGGUCAAAUUAUACAAAAAGGGAAAUCUAUAAACUCCCCGGGUUAUAUGUACUGGAAUAUUAAACUUGCCUCAAUAGAUGAUUGAUUGAUUUUUAUUCUGAAUCACUAUUUUCCAAAAUCACUAUCAGUGUUGUUGUUUUAUCAAUGAAGGGUAUAUUUAAUGUUUUCUUGUAAAAUGUGAAUGUGUUCGAGCAACUGGAAGCUAUGCGAUAAAUAUCAUUUUGUAUAGAUAUGAAAUAUUAAGAGCAACAUAUCCGUCUGUCCGAUGAACUGGUUUAAUAAAAGUAGUAGUACUUCACUACUAGUUAAAAAAAGUGAA